AUGAACUAUCCUUCAUUCCAUAUUGGACUCUGGUGUUGUUCUCUAUCCCGCAACCUCAGAAAUUUCCAACUCCGGAACAUGGCCCGUAACGCUAAACGGAUGCGCAGAGCUAGCAUUACGGCGGUAAAAGGUCUAUCAACGAGAGCUACAAAAAAGGUCAGAGUAACUGGCCCGGAGGACGAUCUCGUGGAGGCCAUAUCUAUAGCUUCUACAGAACAUGUCGCCGUGACUGCGAGUACGAGUAGUACGUUAACAAAGGCAGGAGGCAAACGGAAAACUUCGAAAGCGUCAAAAGAAAUUGAUCUUCAAAGUUUACCGAUUCGAACUGCUUCACUUUGGAAAGUCGGAGCUCAUGUGUCUGCUGCUGGAGGAGUGGAGAAUAGCGUGCUGAACGCCGCAAAAAUAGGGGCAAAUUCCUUCGCAUUGUUCCUCAAAUCCCAGCGAAAAUGGGUUUCACCUCCUCUGACCGACAGUAGCAUCUUGCUAUUCAAGGAACGGAUGAAGCAGUUAUCCUACGAUCCCAAACACAUUCUUCCGCACGGCAGUUAUCUCAUUAAUUUAGGGAAUCCAGAUCAGGAUAAACGUGAAAAAUCGUACGAAUGCUUUCUCGAUGACCUGAAACGAUGCGACCAGUUAGGAUUGUUACUGUAUAACUUUCACCCAGGUUCAACGUUAGGCUUAGUACCUGUUUCGACUUCAAUAACGCACAUCGCCGAAAGCAUAAAUCGUGUGCAUAAGGAUACUCCUGGAUCUAAGGUUAUUGCAGUUAUAGAGAAUAUGGCUGGUGCUGGAAAUGUAAUUGGGGGUGAUUUUGCGCACCUCGGGCAAAUUAUCGACCAAGUCGAGGACAAGGCGAGAGUUGGCGUAUGCCUGGAUACUUGUCAUAUGUUUGCUGCAGGAUAUGACGUUCGUACGAAAGAAGGUUGGGACACAAUGAUGCAUAAGUUCGAUACCGAUGUGGGGCUCAACUACCUUCGGGGAAUGCAUCUUAACGACUCAAAGACCCCAUGUGGGUCAAACAAAGACAGGCAUGACAAUAUCGGAAUGGGCCACCUUAAGCUCCAGACUUUCCGCCACAUCCUCAUUGAUCCUCGAGUUCAAGACAUACCCCUCGUUCUUGAAACUCCCAGCCAUGAGGAGAACACGGGGAACUGGGAUGUAUGGAAGAAGGAAAUAGAUGUUCUGAAUCGAUUGUCCUCGGAACACGUUCCCGGAGGAACCGCUGCUGCGAGGAAACAUGUCAUCCAGGAUGCAGCUUCUUCCAAAGAUGUCCCUGACUCUGAUGUGUCCGCACGCAGUGACUUCCAUCCGGAAACUUCGCGCUCUGACGUGGACAAUCUGGAAGUCUGGACGAAUGAAAUUGAACAGGCAGUGAAAAGUGCAGGGUCAAUUCGUACGAAUGGGAAGAAGACCCGAGUGAAGAGGAAAAUGUCUAACAGGGGAAAAGAUGAAUCGGAGGAUGACCUGGACGAAGAUGCUGGUGAAGACGCGAGUUGA